AUGUAUAAAAAGUAUUCUGCUGUGGAGAAAGUUGAAAAGAACAAAGAUACGGAAGAUGAACCAGUGGAGCUAAGAGAUGAAAAUUUGAAGAAGCUUUUGGUUGAAAAUCUCGUCUCGGAUAUAUCUAGUUUAGAAAUGAAAAAAAUUCUUGCAAGGACCCAUAAACUAGCUAAAAUCGUGUUAUCUACUCCACCUCAAUAUACAGAACAAGUAAAGAAGGUCGCGAACCAGUCCCUACCUCUACUAGAACAACUUACUCAAUUUUACCAGUAUUUUAUAACACAACAAGUGGCUACAUACAGAGUUACUUGCAAGAUGAUGUCUAUAUUGCUAAACAUCUUCAUUGAACUUGCAUCGAAGGGUUUUUUGCACACCACCAGAGCUUUCUGA